GAGGAAGAAGAGGAAGGGGAGGAGGAGCAGCAGCAGCGGACACUAAUACUCUGCUGCGGCGGUGAACGGAACACUCCCUCCGCUGAGCCCAGCAGCGGCUGCAUGAGCAGCUCGAGCCGCCUCUUAGGACUUCUCCCGGACUAGCGGCUGCUGCGGUCCUGGUCCUGGUCCUGGUCCUGGUGCGGAGCUGCGUCAGAGGAAGAAGCGGCAGCAGGCGGCUCUCCAGGCAGUGGCAGGAGUGUAAUUUUUUGGAAUGCGUGCGCUCAUUAUCUGAUGAGGCGGCGGCGUCACUCGGGUCUGGUUUGAAGCGAGGCAGUGAGGGGGGUUCAGGCCUUGUGAUGAGUCUCAUGACUGGAGGAGCUGCAGGAACCUCAGUGUCCAGUCGUCUGUCACAUGGAAACCAGACUUUCUCACAGCUGACGGACGGCAGCAGGAUGCUGUGGCUGCUGCUCUGUUUGCUUCCUCUGGUCGCCUGCAGCAGGACCGUCGCCCAGGAUGCUGCUCACAAAGGAAAACGCCAUGAUGAGGAGGCGGUUGCCACGACAACGAGGAGGCCUCACAUCUACUACUGCCGCUCGCCCAACAUGGAGGACUUCAGCUGCUGGUGGCAUCCGCUGGACGGACCGACGGACGGAGAGGACGUCGUCUACGUCCUCUCCUACUCCAAAGAUAAGGGGCCCAGACAUGAAUGUCCAGACUACGUAACCGCCGGCUCCAACAGCUGCCACUUCGACAGCAGCCACACGUCUAUCUGGACCAUCUACUGCAUGAACGUUACGGCCGUCACCGCCCGCCAGAACUACACCUCCCAGGAGCACUGCCUGGACGUGGCGGACAUCGUUCAGACUGAAGCUCCAGUCAACCUGACCUACACGCUGACCGAUGCCGGCGGGGAUGAAAUGGGCCACAACGCGCUGCUGACCUGGAGGUACCCGGUGCCCUCGGACCUGCAGUACGGCUGGAUCACGCUGGUGUACGAGCUGCAGUACAGACGCGUUACUGAGCCCGACAACUGGAAGGUGAAGCAUCCUCUGCGGGAGCCUCACGUGGAGCUGCUCGGCCUCCCCGUCGGCGACUACGUGGUCCGAGUUCGCUGUCGGUCGCACAACUACGGCCUGUGGAGCAAAUGGAGCUCCACGCUGUCGAUGAGCAUCCCCACCAGGCCGCCCACAGGGAAGCUUCUGGUGCUGAUUCUGGUGACGGGGGUCGGAGUCGUGGCUCUGCUGGUCAUCACCUUUGGUAUUAUUCCACAGAGCAGGAGAAUUAAAGACUACUUUCUGCCACCCGUUCCGAAGCCUCGGAUCCUUGGCAUCGACCCGCUGCUCCUGAAGAAGGGAAACUUGGAUGAAAUCAACUAUCACUUCAGGAGCUUCCACAGCUACAAAUCUCCCAGUUACUAUGAGGAAGUCUGGGACCAGGUAAGCGCCGACGGCGCCUAUCUCACCUCAGUGAAGGACUAUGACGUCCUGAGCGAGCCCACAGACAAACAGAAAGAAACUUUUCUGGUUCCUUCCAACCCGAUGCCGGUGAACGCCCACCAUCAGCUCACUACGCAGAACUCGACGGCGUACGUGUCGCCCUACUGCUCCAUGCCUCCUCAAGCCUUCUCCCCGCUGCUGGACAUGUCUUCCCCGUGGCCGAGGCCGGAGAUCGUCUCACUGCCGGGGACGGACUACAGCAUGGCCAUCCCCGCCACCAACCACGCGCCGCAGGACUUCUACACCUGCGUCCAGCUCAUGAAUGAAAGUGGCGAGGUGCAUCUGGUGCCCUGCUUGCCGCCGGUGUACUGCCAGGAGUUCCCACCUCUCCAGAGGGUCGGUUUAGACGCCGCAGAGAAGGAUGAGAAGAGGAAAAAGCUGACUGACUAUCAAACCAGGAAGAAUGUGAUGAAAGAUGGCGAUGAUACUGAGAGGAGCGAAGUGGCGGAGCCUCUGCUGCCUGCUGCUGUCGACAACAAGGGUUGAAUGACAGCAACUAACAAACAUACAAAAUGUACUAAAACAUGGAGACUGGUACCAUCUUCUGCUGGUUUAACGCAAAACCUCUGUACUGUUCUGUUCCACACCAUCAAUGCUCUUGAGAAGAAAUUUUAAACAGCAAUGAAUCUGCAGGACAUCAGCCUCAGAAAAGCCUUUUAAAGCUUGCAGACAUCCCAGACUUGCAGUGGUGCAAUAACAGCAAGUUUUCAUUGCAAAACUUCCUCUGGACCUCAACAUCUUUCUGUCUUUGGUGUCUCUGGUCACCAUUUGGAAGUAGAUGCACUGUAAGGGACCAAGCCUGAUGUUGUUAAAGAUGGAUUUUUAUUUGGAAAAUACACAUGUGCUGGAGCUAUUUUUAGACAAAUCAAAAGCUAGGAGCAAAAUUACAACCUAAACUGGCACUAAAGAGUUGAACGGUGUAAUAUCUGGGGAUUUAUGGUUAAUGAAGGCCAUCAAACUUGCCUCAUUCAGCUUUGACUAAAUCAAUUUCCACGUGGCGCCUCUCAGAUUGUCUCCACAAAGCUCCUUAUUCACAGUCUUUCUCAGGAAAAAGAAAAGUGCAAUGCCAUUUUAGGACGAGGACUUUUGUUGCUUCAGGUCCACAUGACAAAGAUUCAGUCAUUCAGACGCUGUUCUUGCUAGUUUCACAUGAGACAAUAAGUCUCUUCUUAAACAAAGUAGCCGUGGUUUAAAUGUGCUAGAAUAACAACCGUUAAUAUCUCCACAUCUCAGCUAACUUCCAAGAUUUCCAUGUUCAGGAUGAAGGCUUAUUCCAUUAUUAUAUAUGUGGUGGCACUGAGGCACCGACUCAUUAGGGGGAUAGAUGAUUAUCCUGAACAUGAAUGGAAUAUUAAUCUGCACACGAAGACGCUCUGAAUCUGUGUCAUCUUUCUCUGGUUACUCUGGUGGAUUUUCAGUCCAGUAGAUUUAUUCCAAAAACCCAAGGAAUCGAACAAAAAUAACUCCACUCCCUCAGGAUCAUGUGAGCUUUGACUUUAAGUUAAGCUGUAAAUAUCUGUGGAUGUCUUGUAGUUCUGCUCAGGAGGUUGGACAAACUUCUACCAUUGUUCUAAUAUUCCUGCAUUUGUCUUGCCAAACUGAACGUUUCCUCAUCUUAAGGAGAAAAUACAGAGUUUUAUUCUUAAUAAAUGAAAAGACGGCACUGACUAUUGACGAUUCUUCAAGAAGUAUGAAAAUAUUUUUUGUAACAGAUCAUUUUUGUCUUGAGCAACACUAUUCCAAAAAUAUUUUUUUUUUUUUUUUUUUUUUAAAUAUGUUUUACAAUACUGAAAGACCAACCUCAGACAGUAUUUUGGAAUUCAGAGCAAAAUUCUGAAAUCCUUACUUUAUUAUCCUUAAGACAAACAUAAGUUAGUUUUAAAGUUUUAGUUUGGUCCCCCUCAGGUCUAAGGAGUCCACAGAAGAACGAUUUUUUACGAAAAUGAUCUGUCCAUCUGCUACUGGCUGGUCUUUGGUGCCGGAUGAUUUCACUUUGUGUGGAUGAAACUUUUGUUUAGGUCUAUUUUCUGCCAUGUUUUCAGCUGCAGGUCAUGGUGGCAGCUAGAAUAAGAAGGCUCAGGAAGAUCCCUGCCUCAUCCUUAAGACAGAUGGGAUGAAUAAUCCUCACUCUCCGUCUAGAGUGGGUCUCCAUCUUCAUCAAGUCAGAGGCAUCUGGAUCAUUGAAUCUCUCCUGUCCAAACUGGCAGUCGAGGAAGAUUAGGUUUGUUUUUUCACAAUACUGCACAUGAAGCAGUGUUUAGGUCGACUAAUCGUGUUGCAAACCAGUUCCACAUUUAUAAUUGAUGAGUUGAGUCCAACAGAUUUACAGCUUCUCUAAAGAGGCAGUCGUGCUUCGUCUUAGCUCCCUACUGACCUCCCUGUUUGCAUAAACCAUUGAAUACAAAACCAUGAUGUAGAGUCCAGAAGAAGACGUUAUUAGAUUCUUCAUUUGUACGUUUAAUUCUAUCACAGUGGCCCUGAACAACUGCUGUAGGUUCAACUUGGAGAUGAUUAUACUGAUUAGUUAAACUUGGAGAAAACAGCAGAGUGGAGCAGAAGUGGAGUCAUGUCCAAGAACUGCUAUUUUACUAUUUUUUUGUCUUUUGGUGGAAUUAACAGAGUCAAACCUGUCGGAUUUAACAGGCUGUAAAUGUUCAAACCACCUCACACCUGCCUCAAGUUCCUGCAGUGAGAAGUCGCCUAAUGACAGCCGGCUUUUUGUCCGAUGUUUGUAGUGGGUUGUCCCUCAUAGGUACAACCUCAACAUGCUUGACCUCCUUUAUUUGGAGCAUCAACUUGCUUCUAGUCUGAAGGGUUAAUUCCACCAUUUUAAGUCCCAAACUUAGACAUUCUGAUCCUCAUAUUUGUGUCAGAGUGUUCCCAUGAAGGCUUCACAUGUUGCGAAACAUGUUCCCAAGCACCAAAUUAAAGCCACCAACAUGGAUCAUAUAGGACUGUGGAGCCUCAGAGAAUUACUGUAACCACAGAUUUGAGAUGGUUUCUAGAUGGUAUUUAAUAUUUCUACCUUUAGUGUUUUUGUUGUCUGACGUGCAACUCAAACCCUGUGUCUAUCAAACUGCACAGUGGUGGGUUAAGGUGCUAAUCUGGGCACAGUGUAAAGCAAUAUUUCCCCUGAUGAGCCUGGCAGAACUGGACCACGACUGUAAAACACUAGUCAUGAUGGAAGCACCUCCUUCACCUGUGAUUCUUUGAACUCAGCCAGCGUUGAUGAUGUGCCGUCACUUUUUCUCUCCUCGAUGUUGCAGUUAGGCAUCGUGCUGUCGUCUCUUUUUGUGCCUGUACGUGCCUUUUUUUCACAGAGCAGUGUUUGUUUGCUUUUCCUCUGUUGUGUUGAAAUCUCAGCAGCCAAUGUGCCACUCCUACACAUGGUUCAUAGACUAAAUACACACUUCUAUGCUGUGUUGAGCAUGUAUAGAGACCGUUCACUUUUUAUUGUCACUAGUCAAGAUUUCAUUGAAGCACUGAGCUGUGGGACUUGAUUCCUGUCAGACAAACACACUGUGGAUUCAAUGCAAUAAAGAGUAAAAGGCAUGGAGAAGUGUGCAGGGAUUAUCAUUUAAAAGAGUCAACUGAGGAAAUGGAACCAAUUGUUCAAGAAAGAAUCUGUUAGUUUGUUAAAAACUGAGCUGCUAAUAAUGUUUUAGUGCCAUUUAUGUUCAAAGGCGACAUUAAGUGCCAAUUAAUGCAAGAAGGUGUGACUUGCAGCACUGAAAAGCAAGAGAGAGCAGUUAAAGGAUCCUUCCGGUUUAAUUUAACUCCUGAACUCAAAGUAGUUUCUCUGCAAUUUUUGCCCAUUAUAUUUUUCUGCAUUGCAGUAUAAAGUCCUGCUCUAUGGCAACCAAACAACUAAGACUAGAAAUAGAGAGAACUCUGCAGAAUGCAUUAAGGUGAUGUACAGCAGGUUAAAAUAACCCGGAGUCGUCCUUUAGAGCAGCUGAGCCAUAAAUUAACUAUAAUUUGUUCUAUAUGAGUGGAUAAUGUAAGAAUAAAUGAAGAGUUCUGGAAAAAUGCUGAGGACAAAUUUAAUGUCCUGUUUUCUAAUGAACUGAAUUCUUGUGAUCUUUGAAAGCUGAUUUCAGAAUGAAGUAUUUUAACGUUUGUUUGCUCGGUUUAAGAGGGUUUGCUUAGAAAGUGCUACACUACUUCUGCAGAUGAAUUCAGAACUUGUGACUAUAUGCAAGUAUUUUUAGCAGUUCCCAUUUACCUCACAACUUAUCCUCAACCGUGUAGCAUUAGCAUAGCACUAAACUACACAGUCUUGAUUUUUAGCUUGUGGCUAAAUGUGCCCUUCUGUUAAGUUACGGCUAACGUGCUAAAAGCAAGCAAAAAACAAAAGCUAAAAAGAAAAGUAUAUUUUUAUUUACAAACUGUUCUAAAUCAAAUGGUGUGCUAGCAUCAGUAACAUGUUUUAUUUAAGCUAAGCUAAUCUGUAGUUAGCCACGUGACACGCUAGUUAGCUACAUGUUUGUUUGUACGUCUCAAUUCAAGUCUACUAGAAAAUAUUGGUUAAAUAUCCUCUAAAAACUCCUGUGACUGAGAAGAAAUGUGUUUUCUGGCACUUCUAUAUGCACAAGUAGUGUUUUUUUACUUUUAAAAUUCAUUUUUGUUUAUUUCUCUGUAGUUUAUUCACUGAAGAAUUGUGUUGCUAAAGAUUUGUUGUCCGCUCAAAGCACUUUCCCGUUCCAGUAAAUAAAGUUCAUUCAUCUUCA